ACGUAUCCCAAAAAUUUUGCUUUUGACCUAAUUUAUUGCAGGUGACUUCCCUGUUCAGCCUUAUUCCUCGCAAAACCAACUUGCUGCAGACGAGAACGAUCUGGACGACACAUUUGCAGGGCCAGCAUUUACUCUACGUUCGCUGCCUCGCAACACUUGCAGGCUGUGUUCUGAAACUAACGUGAAACACCUCGAGCGCCAUGUUCUGCAGCAUCACAUCAAAAAACCGAUGUAUUUAUGUCCAUGCUGCAAUUUUAGCAGUCAUUACUCACCUACUUCAGUAAAGGACCAUAUCAAAAAUCGACACAGCAUGUAUGAUCCAAUUCCGUUAGAUGUUCGUGGUGAAUACACAGAACUCAUUCAAUCAGUGUAUGACCGAUGUUUUUUGGACGACUCAGACACGAUUUUGAAUAGGAUUUUUCUUAGACAGAGAUAUGUCGAGCCGUUGGUGACGAUCAUCCUCUCACCCAGCGAAGUCUGGGGUCAUAUUCACGAAAGCCUCCUUGAAAUGGGGCUUCGUGCGGAUUAA